GGACAGAGGUACCCACUAGGCCACCUUCCCUGUCGCUACCACCAUGAAGCUGCUUGCAAUGUCCGUGCUUCUCCUCACCAUCUGCAGCCUUGAAGGUGCCUUGGUUCGGAGAGAGGCGGAGGAGUGCACUCAGCCGAGCAUAUUCUCCCAGUACUUCCAGACCGUGACCGACUAUAGCAAGGACCUGAUGGAGAAGGCCAAGGCCUCCGAGCUUCAAGCCCAGGCCAAGGAUUACUUUGAGAAGACUCGGAAGCAGCUGACACCUAUGGUCAAGAAGUUCGGGUCAGAACUGUUUCAGUUCUUCAACUCCUUUGUGGACACAACCCCACCGCUGCCUGCCACCAAGUGAGGCGUCCACACCGCCGUCUGGCAUCCUCAUCUGGACCCUACAACUCGCUGCUCAAGCCCAGAGCCCCUCUCGAUGCACCUCAUUUUCUAAAUAAACCAAUACUGAGAGUGAAA